UUUGAUUGUAAUGCUCACUCACUUGUCCUCCAUACGGCCGGUUUAUCUGGAUCCUUCAGCCCUUGCACUAGGAUAAAAUCAUAGGCAGUUUUCUGUUAAUGACGAUAUAAUGGGGUCGAGUGUUCGGAAAAAGAAGGAGAAAAAGAAGGACUUUCAGAAAACCAAACUGAAAGUCGGCAAGGCAAAGGAGAAACCCGCCAGCUUCACAGACACAAGCUUCAAGUCAAGAGCCAUCGUUGUUGCUCAAUCAUCUUUGACGGUUGAGGGACCAAAUCCAGUCGAGCAGUUCAAACACUACUUGUCACUUGCAUCUACUUCUCGCUCAGAGAAUCAACGCAGAGAUGCCCUAGCUUUUCUAACCACCCAAUUGUCUCACCAACCACCCAACAAUCCAGUUGGUACGCCAGCAAUACUGGCCAAGCUGCUUCCCCUGAUAUCAGACUCCAACUCAGGAGUCCGCACCCAAUUGUACAAGCUGCUGCAGGCUUUCCCAUCUGCAGAUAUACAGCCUCAGGUGGAAAGGAUCUCAAUGUAUGUUCGGGCCGGCAUGACACACCUGUCGGCCGAUAUCAGAGAUGAUACGUUGAGUAUAAUGGAGUGGCUGCUCGAGGUUGCUGGCAGUGAGGUUGUCUCCUGCGCCGGUGGAUGGAUGAAGACGCUGAACGUCUUUGCCGCUAUGCUCGGCUGGAGCAGCAUCGUGGCCGCAAAUGCUGCUGCUGCUGCUGGAUCCGCACCCCGCAACAAGGGUUGGACAUCUGCGCCCAAGAGCACGUUCGGUGCAGCCAAGGGAGGCGCUUCAUACGCAAGACAGCUUCUUGCUCUCGCAAAGUUUCUUGAGAUAGGAUUCCGGCCAGAGGCUACAGGGUCGGGUGGACAAAGAACCCUCUGGAACAGCCUCUAUCGUCUUCCGCGGACCUCGAAUCCUUUUGGGUAUCUCAACCUCUUUGGGGCACCAAGGGACGAAGACAGUGAGAUAUAUGCUGAUCGUGAGGACCGGCAACGGGUCUUUUCGAGGAAAUGGCACGCGGUCAUUACCAAGGGCCUGGAAGAGGCCAAGAAGGAAGGGGGUGCGGUUGGUCGUGCGGGCGCUGUGUUAAAUCAGACACUAAAAGAUGGACUAGCAGAUUACGAUGACCAUGUAUUAUGAACAACGGACUGUUGAAGACAUCACUCUUUACGAAACCUUGCGCAUUGAUGGGAACGUGAUCGACAUACAUCCCAGAGGCAACAUGUAGGUGUGCCUUUUCAUUUACGAGUUACUGCUAUUGCGUUUUCAGUUUAUGGCUCUAAAGAACGCUGACUGGUCUACAUAUCUUUCUACCGUCUUUUUGGCCUACCGCGUUUGCCUCAGAUGACAAUGGCUUGUAGACUUGUAUUUUCAGGCAGGCUACCUUACUGGUGGUUGGGAAACAAAAGAAAAGAAAAAAAUGGAAACACAUGACCAAUAAUGGAAAACGUGGACAUUGUGUCUGCUACUAUAUCGGUAUUUACUUUCCGCAUGCUUGUUCCCAAAAAGUACCCAGAUACGUUCCAUUAGUACCUACCUUACCUACCUGUAGAUAGAGUAGGUAGUUUCUAGAUCGAACUGAACGUUCCCAAG